AUGUCGGUUCCUCCUUCCACUUCAUCCCCUUCUCAGCUGACUUUUGAGUCGACUCAAAAGACAUGCAUGUCGGUUCCUCCUUCCACUUCAUCCCCUUCUCAGCUGACUUUUGAGUCGACUCAAAAGACAUGCAUGUCGGUUCCUCCUUCCACUUCAUCCCCUUCUCAGCUGACUUUUGAGUCGACUCAAAAGACAUGCAUGUCGGUUCCUCCUUCCACUUCAUCCCCUUCUCAGCUGACUUUUGAGUCGACUCAAAAGACAUGCAUGUCGGUUCCUCCUUCCACUUCAUCCCCUUCUCAGCUGACUUUUGAGUCGACUCAAAAGACAUGCAUGUCGGUUCCUCCUUCCACUUCAUCCCCUUCUCAGCUGACUUUUGAGUCGACUCAAACGACAUGCAUGUCGGCACGCAUGAUGGAGCAGGUGGAGCAGAAGGAGGUGCUUCGGCAACGGGCUCAGCAUGCAAAGGAGCAAUUGCGGUCAGGCGAGUGGAGGAAGGCGCAGGACGAGCAGGCCAACAUGCAACGCUUCUUUGGCUCUGUUGACUGGAGGGAGCAAAAGAAGCUUCGUAUGGAAAAGAAGAAACUGGAGCGCACAGUGCAUGCGGGCAACGAGCUGGCAAAGCUGGACGCACACUGUGUUCCUGUCUUCAUGGCGACUCGCUCACUCCAUUUAACCCCUGUCAACCCCUUCUCAACCUCUCUCAAUACAUCAGAAACUGGAGCGCACAGUGCAUGCGGGCAACAAGUUAGCAAAGCUGGAGGCGAAGGAAGCUGCAAGGAUGGACGCCUUCCGCGCUGCGACGUCAUCCCUUUCCACUCCGUUGCAAUCCUCUCCAUCCCUUUCCACUCCAUUGCAAUCCUCUCCAUUCCUUUCCACUCCAUUGCAAUCCUCUCCAUUCCUUUCCACUCCAUUGCAAUCCUCUCCAUCCCUUUCCACUCCAUUGCAAUCCUCUCCAUCCCUUUCCACUCCAUUGCAAUCCUCUCCAUUCCUUUCCACUCCAUUGCAAUCCUCUCCAUUCCUUUCCAUCCGUCCCACUCCUGCCAUGGCAUCCGUCCCACUCCUUUUCACCGCUUUCCACUCCUUAGCACUCUUCACUUCCCUUCUCCUCCCCCCUUCCGCCUCACAGCUGGGUCUGCCCUCGUCAGAGGAACAGCGACAGGCGGAGUGGAGGGCAGCAGCCACCCAAGGGACACCAAUGGCAUCCGUUUCACACCGUUUUACUCUGUUCCACUUCAUUCCACUCCAUCACUCUCUUCCUGCAUCCUUUCCUGGACCCCCUCUGUCUCUCACAGCUGGCUGCUUUUCCUCGCUCCCUUACCUCCCCGUCCUCCUCUCCCUUUCCUUCCUGAAUCCCUCCUCUCCUCCCUUCUCUCCUCUCUGCCUCCCUUCCCUCCAAGCCCUGAAGAUCUCGUUAUAGCCACUGCGCAUGCGGGGGGUGGGGAAGGCGGGGGAGGGGGGAAGUCGGGAAGAGGGAAGGCGGGGGAGGGGGAAGGCGGGGGAAGGGGAAGGCGGGGGAGGGGGGAAGUCAGGAAGGAGGGAAGGCGGGGGAGGGGGAAGGCGGGGGAGGGGGGAAGUCGGGAAGGAGGGUGGGACGGAGAGGGGUGCGGGUGUGGAGAGGGGAAGGUGGAAGAAGGCGAUGCAUCGGAUUAG